AUGUCAUCAUUUGACGAAGAUAUCAAAAGGUCAAUAUGGGAAGGAAAAAUUCCAAUUGUUUUCACAUUAUCACCUGAUGAUUUAACAUCUCAUUUAUCACCAUCACCAUACACUCUAAUGGCACCAAGAAAUAGUUAUUUUCCAUUAAUUACGAGUUUAGUUAAGGAUUACUUUUCAAGUAGUACAUUAGUUUUAUUAGAUGAAAUGUGGUUAGAAUAUAGAGGCAUACCAUUGAAGUGGCAUUUACCUAUAGGUGUAUUAUAUGAUACCAUAGUUGGAAAUAAUAAUUGUAACAAUAGUAAUAAUAAUAAUAAUAAUAAUAAUAAUAACAAUAAUAAUAAUAAUAAUAAUAAUAAUAAUAAUAAUAAUAACAAUAACAAUAAUAAUAAUAAUAAUAAUAAUAAUAAUAAUAAUAAUAAUAACAAUAAUAAUAAUAAUAAUAUAAUAAUGGAGCAACCCUAUUGGAAUAUAGUUGUUCAUUUCCAAUCAUACCCUGAUAGAAUACUAUUACGUUGUCCAAAUAUAGAAUCAGUUAGAACUUAUUAUAAAAAUGUAUUAAAAGAAGCAAACUUCAUUAAACAAGGUGAUAUCACUAAAAUUAAUAAUUUAAAUAUAAAUCAAUCAAAUGAUCUUUGGGAUGGUUUAAAAUCACAUGAUUAUGAUAAAUUUUGGUCAGUAAAUAAAAAACUUAUCCCAAAUAGUAAUAAAGAAUAUAAAAACAUACCAAUUAGAUUAAUUAUAAAUUAUAAACCCCCAAUUCAAGAACUAAUACCAGUAUUUGAUGAAAAUUUGGUUGAAUUAACUUUAGAGAAUUUAUUUUCAAGAAUACCUUAUGAAUCUUUUUCAAACUUUUUAAAUUAUAAUAAUAAUAAUAACAAUAAUAAUAUUAAUAAUAAUUCACCACCACUUUCACCAAAUAGCAAUAAUAAUAAUAAUAAUAACAAUGUAGAUAAUAGUAUAGAAAACUCUUUAAAUCAAACCAAUGUGGAAUCAGCUGAACCUGAAUUUUCAAAUCUUCUUCAAUAUAUUAAAGCAACAAAUGCAGAGUAUAAAAUUCAAGGUAUUCAACCAUCACUUAAAAGUUCUGCUGUUUGGCUCUAUGAGCAUUUUGGGCAUCCUGAUAACUUUUUAUAUAUAGUUUUAAUUGAUCCUUCUCAAAAUAACAACAACAACAAUAAUAAUAGCAAUAACUACUAA